AUGAAAAAUGGCGCUACAGAGCAUAUGUCGAGCAGUGAUAAACUUGAAGGCGAUGAAGCUAGGCAUGUAAGCUCCUACAGAAUUUCACAGACUGCAAAGCUCCUCACAAAUGCUAAAAUCAGCUUGCUUGAGGAUCUUAACGUUGAUAACCUAACAGUGGGAAACACGGAGAAGAGUGGCGCGGCGACACUAGGCAAAGUUCUCAAUGAGCAGAACAAAGGAAGGCCCUUGAAGAUACUUUCUAAGGCCAGCAGAAUACGAGCGGAUCGGGUUCGAUCUUACAUCCAGUUUUACUAUCACUUGAUAGAGAAAGAAAUCACUACUGGGGGAACAGGGCUCUACAAGGGUGUGGAAGGGAAGUAUAAUCCGCUACAAGUGAUCCGUAACCGUAAAAUUAAGAAGAAGUUGCACGAAAACCCCAAGAAUGAAAUAGCAUUCAUGAAGCCUCCCGUCUUAGCAAUAAGAGACUUUUCUAAGCACCCCGACCGAGAAAAUCAGUGGUUUGUGGGCGUGAAUGAGACUACUGCAGACUUAGCCUGGCGUGUGUCACACUGGGAUGAGCUUCGAAGGCCCGACGGGAAGCCGUGGUUCAAAAGCAAAUCCAAGAGACGCUCUCAGUCGGCUGCAGAGGUUUCCCGCGCGUACAAAGGAGAGAGGCCGCCUAACCACUCCAGAAACUCGUCAUCAAUCUUAUUGCGCCAAACCUCCUCAAACUGGGAACUGCCUCAAAUUUCUGUUGAAAGUGUUGACGGUCCUGUCACAGACGGCCCCCGUGGUCGUGAAAGCAAGUUCGACAAAGCGCUGGAGAAAACAAAAAGACUUUCUCGUUCCGCUCUACAAAGCAAAUCUGCAAGUCAGCAACAUAUUAUUUAUGAUGAGCGCAACCCUGACAGCAAACCCUUGGGUAACGCCCAUAACUUAUACUUAACACCCACAGAACCUGUUCAUCAUCCCAAUAUUGCCGACAUUCCCAUCAACAGCUUUAGGACCCGAACCGCAGAGGAAAGAAGCUCAGAAAGCUCUAAUAGAGCAUCUGAAGAGUUUUUGGAGCUGAGUGAGCCAUUUAAUAUACCGAAAGAAUCUGUUCUCCAGAAACAGUACAACGAGCUAAUCUAUCUGCGCUGCACUUUCCAGGUAGUUAGACAUCGACAGGAAACCUCGAGAAUUAUACAGGCCCGCACUUCCGCUAAAGCCUCUGUGUUCGUGCCUGAAGAUCCCACACAGAUAUGCAAGCCAGCAGAAGAUGUCCUGCAUGAGUACGAAAAUGAACUGGUGAAGGCUCUGAAAACGUGCGAUAUAUGGAAGUCUAGGCUGCUUAAUGACUAUUCUAUAAGGGUCGAAACUCUGAUUUCAACUAGCGACCGUGUACUCAGCGACAUAAAUUCUACGCUGACGCUCAGGCUCAAAAUGCUGCAAGAAAAGAUGGACAAGUUUGGCACUCUCAGGAGGAUGAACAGAGAACCCCUUCGCGUUUUUUUGUACAGGGUCCUGGAGGUCGCUAUUACCUUGCUUUUCUGGAUGAUAUGGGUCAUCUUCAUAAUAGUUAAGAGCGGAAAGAUCAUGAUAUUGUCGUUACUUAGGGUCGUUAGGUGGAUAACAUGGUGA